GUCUCCGCGACGACACAGUCAGCACAAGCGUUUGUUUGCGUCGUGUGCGUGUUUGCGUGCUUGCUUGCUUGCUUUGGGGGAAACACACGUACACACAGCACACACUCAACGCAUUGGCGCUCUCUCUCAGACGGGAGUGCGAUGAGCUCAAAAGACGUGCAAGCGACACCUGCGGCAACAGAGCGCACGCCCCCAGCAACGCAGAACAGCAGCACCACCAACAAGACGAAGAACAACAAUCCGAAGAGCAACAAAAACAUCAACAACAACACCGACGACGACCGCAACAAAGCACAAAUGCAGACAAGUGAUCAGCGCCGUGAUGAUAAGCAACACCGCCAACAGCAGCGAGGCCAACAACCCCAACCACCACACCAUUUGCAGAAGGAUGAGGGGCAACAACCAGUCACCAAGCGACCAAAGGUCGCACCCAUAGCAGCAACGACGGCAAUAGCAACAACAAAAACAGCAUCGCACGUAUCAUCACCAUCAUCAACAGCAGUCCCAUCCGACCCCAACCAACAACCACAACCACAACCACAACCACAACCACUGCCACAGCUACAACCGCUGCCACAACCACAGCAACAACGGCAGGAGCAUGGCGGCGAUGCCCUGCAAGCAUUGUGCCGACACCUGCUACAAACCCACCCCGACUUCAGGGACAAGAUCGCCGUCACGCCAGAUGCAAGUGGGCGAAGCGGAGCCACCAUCUUGACCCCAGAUCCAUUGCUUGCACAGCAGCUGUCCAUUUUGCUCAAGGCCCACGGAAACUCGGAACAACAGCAGCAGCAGCAGCAGCAGCAGCAGCAGCAGCAUCACCAGCAGCAACACCAACACCUUGCACGCAGCAUGCUGGACGCAAUUGCAAUGUCAGAGCAGGUGGUGCCACCAUCAGCAGCAGCAGCAGCCACAAGGCAAAGCACAACAGCCAUGACAAGCACAAUUGGCGCAACGAGGCAAACGCCACCACCACCACCACCACCACCACCACCACCAACAACAACAACAACAACAACAACAGCAACAACAACAACAACAACAACUACCACUUCAGGCGAAUCAUCAGCGGUGACAACAACAACUUCGUCGAGUGCGCUUUCGUCGCCCGCACGCAUGGAUAUGGAAGGUCGCAUCACCAUGCCUUUCGUCACCGCUUUGGCAGAUCCAGCAGCCUCACAGGCACGCAGCAGCCACCCACACGCACCUACCAUGGCAACCACUACCACUACUACUGCAGCCACCGCUACAACCGCUGUUCGCGGCCGCGGUGGGCGUCGAAAGAGAGCAACGUCAAUGACAGCAUCAGCAUCAACCAUCGCCACCGCCAUGACGACAGAAGAGGCAACGGGCGCCUCGCUGGCGUCAAAGAGCAGCGUGCCUGCAAGCAAGCGGGGCCGCGGUGGGCGUGGCGGUACAAAGAGACGAAGCACAAGUGGAGGGAACGCCCGAAACGAGGCGUCCUCAGCAACAGCGCGACGGGGAAGAGGACGAGGGGCUCGAGGAGGAAGAGGGAGGGGAGGACGGAGAGGGAAGGGUGGUGGAAGGGCGGAAGACGUGACAGACGCUGAGCCCUCCUCCACAAGCAGUGCAGCUGCCCCACCACGCACCGCCACAUCCACCACAUCCAGCGCCACGGCGACCACACCAGCAGCGACAACAGCGACAACAGCAGCCCGCAGACGCCACCGCCGCAAGAGCACGGCGCGCGGUGGCGGAGCAGUAGCGAGGCGACACAGCACAGGGGAGCUGGAUGAUGAUGGUGAUGAUGGCGACGAUGAUGGCGAUGAUGGUGAUGAUGGUGAUGAUGAGGGGGGCGCGUGCCUUGCUGAUGCGCUGUUUGGCGAGUUUGAGACAGGUGGCAUCAUUGACAUUGGCAUGCCGUGUGGUGGCGACGGUGACAGCUGCGGCAGUGGCGAUGGUGGUGAUGGUGGUGGUGGCAAGGGAGAUCAAUACCAACAACAGCAACACCAACUACAGCAACAGCAACAACAGCAACAACCGCAGCAACACGAGCAGCAGCAGCAGCAGCAGCAGCAGCGAGGGGGUGGUGGCAUCACACGCAAGGCGCUCAUGGCGAUGGGGCGACAGGAGUUUGCGGACUUUCUCGCCGAUUUGCCGAGCGAACACGCGCGCCGCGUGUACAAACGGGAGCGGAGGCGGUUGCACAAUAAGCUGAGUCAGCAGAAAACACGGCUGCGGUCGGUGGAGGUUGCCAAGCAGUUGGAGGAGAAGCGUGCGGAACUGACAAGGGAGAUUGCACGCGUGCGACAACAACUCAGCAGCAUCAUCGCAGCAGAGCGCGGGCACGGCGGUCGUGGCAUGGUGGCACCAACAACAACAACAGCGUCAGUAUCAGCAUCAGCGGUGGCAGCGGUAAGGAGGGCAAGAGUACAUGGCGCACGCAUGCAGCCCAAGGACGAAGCGCACGCAAUGCCGUCGACACAGUAUCAGCCACAGCAGCAACGGACGAUAACGGUGGGAGGACAUGCUACAGCAACAACAGGAGCACCAUCAACAACACCAUCCCAACCGCCAACAACAGAGACAGCAACCGUGGCAACAACAGCAGCCAUGCGUGUGUCAGCAGUGCAAAUGCAAGGGCAACAACAGCAGCAGCGACAUGGUGGCGCACAUGGCGACGCUUCCGCCUCUGUGGCGUCAACGAGUGACCCUGGCGUGUUGCGUGGCGGCUGCAUCAACACCAGCAGCAACGGCGGUGGCUCAAAUGUCACGACCCACAACAGCCACAACAAUAGAGGCCACACCAGCACCGCAAAUGCCAGCAACGUGGUGUUUGUGUCGCCGCCAGCAUUGACGGAUGCAGCAGCCAUCCAUCAUCAUCAGCAGCAGCAGCAGCAGCACCCGCAGCAAUACGCGUACAGCGCACGUGGUGGUGAUGGUGGUGAUGGUGGUGGCGAUGGUGGUGGUGAUGGUGGUGAUGGUGGUGGUGGUGGUGAUGAUGACGGGGAGGAGACAGAGACAGACAACGAUGAGCGGGAGCACAUUGCAGUUCCCACUCGUCGUAAUGAUGAUGGCGAUGAUGAUGGUGGGGAUGAGGGGGAUGUGUUCAUGUCACAGUAGUUGCGGUGGGGGGGGGGGGGUGCUGUUAACUUGCUUACACGAUGCUUUUGAUUGUCAUUCAUGUCUCGCUGUUGUAAUUUCAGCCACAGCGGUUGAGGUUUUGUUCAUUUCCUCCUUGAUUUUGCUUCACACUUUCUCAUC